AUGGAUUUGGUGGCACAUGUGUGUUUUCCUGCUUCCAUUCUGACCUCCACCGCCUCCUCUCACUUCAGUUGUGGUGCUUUGCAGUUCCGGUGGCUGAUUAACUAUACGCUUCUCGCUUCUUCUUCUAGCUACCACUCCCCAAUGGCUCCGGCGACGACACACCCUUUCUCCAUCAGGGCUUCUGCUUCUUCAUCCAUGGAUUUUUGGUUCUCUAACUUGAUUAGGCUUACUGCAGUCGUUGAUGAUGCCAAAGUGAUUGAAAUCAUGAUAGCUUAUGGAAAAUGUUUGCAGUUGAAGUCACGAAAUUUAGAAGCUCUGUAUGAACCUUCUUCAAAAGGUUGCAAUGUGGAACCGGGCCGUAUCGUUUCAGUUAUUGGUUCCUUACAAUAUGAGAAUUCGGACCAUGUUCUAUCACCUACUUGGUCUGCAAGAGUCUUUUCACCUUCUGGUGUUCCUGACAUUCAGUGGAGACCUGGAAGUUCCUUCCAAACUCAGCAUGAAUACACUUGUACAUUAAAUUCCAAUAAGUACAACAACAACGAAGCGGCACCCUUCUUGGAAUGCCGCCUAUUUCUUGAGGAACUUAUAAGCAAUUUUCAACACAGCAAAACUCUCUUCUACAACAGCUCAAGUGGAUGGGGUGGGGCACCGCCAGCAAGUCCUAACACUGCCACGUCAGCACAACAACAAAAUCUAAUCCAUUUACAGUCAAGUCAACAAAUGUUAACUGGUUCUAAAGAUAGCGCAAAUAACAAUUCAAAAGUUGAUGACAUUGAACAACAGCAACAACAAAUACACCAACAAAGUGUUACAUCUGAUGACUCAAUACCUGAUCCUGCACAAUCUCCUGUCCUUAACAAGAACACUUCCAAUGAAGAAGAUUCAAUCGUCUCAUAUGCAUUAGACAUGCAGCAGAAGCAGCACAAAGCACACGCGAUGUUGACCUGUCACCUGGUCAGCCAUUACAAUCAAACCAGUCGGUUAGCCUGGGUGUGA